AAAUUUAAAAAACAAACAGAAGUAUGUGUGCAUCGAAAUUGCUCUAAGAACUGGCUGACAUAGGAUUCCGGGGAGGGGAAAUGCGCAAUUUUGGUCUGCCUAAAGCGAAUCUCCAUCAUCCCACUUUCUGAUGACCAUUAUGCCUCAUCAAUGACCAGUGGUGAGCUGGAUACUCAAAAUGACAAGCAGAACAAGGAAGAUAAGCAUUGCCAACUCAGCAACAUGGCUCAGCUGUAGUGCGGGGUUCACACCCCACGAACCAUCUUUUUUUAUUUUAUUUUUUUUUCUCGCACCUGUUUUGAGGGUCCUAUGGUUGCCUCCCGCUUUUGGGAGUCACGAUGCAUUCAAGCUGACCGCAUUAUUAUCUGUUUCUGGUUUACUGCCAAGGCGUGGUCUGUGGGAGCAAUACGGGAAAUGUAUGACCUGUUAGCCAACUUCGUUGGUGUCCAACGACACAGGCAUUGGUAGAUGGGAUGAUUACCAAGUAGAAGCCAACUCCGUAAGUUCUUUAUCUCAUAGGGUAGAGGAGUGGAGAGAAUGAAGAAUAAA